GAGGGGCUCGCGGCAGGGUCGCCGGCUAGCCGGGCGCGGGGACCGCUGGGGCCGCGCUCCAACUUCUCCUCGGAGCCGCGACACGCGCCCGGGCGCGCGCACCCCACGGCCGCGCGCGCCCCGCCACCUCCCUCCAAGCCCCACGCGCUCUCUGUCUAUUUUUUCCUCUUCCUCACAUCCUCACUCUGAAAUAGGUCAGGGGUGGAAGUUACCCCGGGUGCAGCUCCGGCUCUGAUGCAAAGGCAGCUUCCCCCAACCCCGGCUUCGGGACGGCAUCCUAACUACUUGGCUCCGCAGAGCUUCCCGCCCCCAGACCGCGCGGACAGCGCCAGCGACCUGGGCGCUGACAAUGGUCAGCCUCGGGGAGCGGCGAGAAGCCUCCUCCCCGCCUUAGAUCCGCCGCCUGUCGGCCUCCGACGGGUCACCUGGAGCCUGCCCUGGCACCUGCGCCCGGGUCCGACCGCCUGGGGCCUGUGUUCCCUUCCGAGAGGCACACAAGCGGUUCAUCAUGUGAAGGACCUGGAUAUUUGAUUUCCCUUCUACAAGUUUUCAUUUACACACUGAGAAAUUUAUGAGAAACAACUGUCACUCUCUGGGGGUGGAGACUCCACGAUUCACAAAGACAAGAGGUAAUUUUCCUGUGAUCUCAGGAUGACUCAGGAUGGAGCAUGAAGCCGCCCAGCUGGAGAAGCAGCACGUCCACCACGUGUAUGAGAGCACCGCUCCCUACUUCAGUGACCUGCAGAGCAAAGCCUGGCCUCGAGUCCGCCAGUUCCUCCAGGGACAGAAGCCAGGCAGCCUCGUCGCUGACAUAGGUUGUGGGACUGGAAAGUAUCUUAAAGUGAACAGCCAGGUGCAUACCCUGGGCUGUGACUACUGUGAGCCACUGGUAGAUAUUGCCCGGGAGAGAGGAUGUGAAGUCAUGGUAUGUGACAACCUUAAUCUCCCUUUUAGGGAUCAGGGCUUCGAUGCCAUCAUCUCCAUAGGAGUCAUACAUCAUUUUUCUACAAAACAAAGAAGAAUCAGAGCAAUCAAAGAAAUGGCCAGAGUGUUAGUUCCCGGAGGCCAGCUGAUGAUUUACGUCUGGGCCAUGGAACAAAAGAACCGUCGCUUUGAGAAGCAGGAUGUGCUUGUGCCAUGGAACAGAGCCUUCUGUUCCCCGCCCUUCUCAGAAUCCAGCCUGUCUGGGAGGAAGCAACAGUGUGGACAGCCAGAGAGAAGCCAUCCCUAUCACCCUCCUUGUUCUGAGUGCAGCUGCUCUGUUUGUUUUAAAGAGCGAUGUGAUUCAAAACGGUCCCACAGCGUGGACUAUGGACCCAUCAUGGCUAGAACCUGUUUUGCAAAUAUGUCUAAGGGAGGUGAGGAAGAAUACGGAUUCUAUCGCACGUUAGGAAAAUCUUUUCGCUCCUGGUUUUUCUCAAGAUCUUUGGAUGAAUCAACUCUGAGGAAGCAAAUGGAAAGAGUGAGACCCUUGAGAAACACAGACAUGUGGGCCAAUCGCACCAUCACCAUCCAGCCUUCCCGCCACUCCAGUGUAGACUUUGAUCACCAAGAAGCAUUUUCAAGGGAGGAGCAAAACUUGGAUGAGGACGUGUUUGUGGAAUCUUCUCGAAAACAUUCAGAGUGGCUGAGAGCACCGGGCCCGUGGGAGCAUUUAGAUGGAGACCUUCUAGGAGAAAUUCGGAAAAAUGGAGGGAGGACUGUUCUGGAUGGCAGUAAUUCCAGUGAGAAUGGCGGACAUCCAGAUAAUGUGGAAGGCAAGAACCCUUCUGCUAGUAGAAUACUGAGGCUUUCUGCAGUUGCUUGCACAGACUCCAACCCAGAUGGCCUGAUGUCUGUUGAACAACAGGCUGAUAUUUGGGGUUCCAAAGCCCUUAUGCGUUACUACCAUGUGUUUCGAGAGGGCGAGCUCUGUGGUUUGCUUAAGGAGAAUGUGUCAGAGCUUCAUAUUCUGAGUUCUGGGAAUGAUCACGGGAACUGGUGCAUCAUUGCAGAAAAAAAGGAAAAUUGUGAUUGAUUGAACAGCUCCUCCCAAAAGACAGGCUGCAUUCUUUUCACUAAGUUUGAUGUAGUUACCCGAAAUUGCACUCUAUUUUGUUAUAGUUUAAUCCAUUUAUUUUGAGGAGAGACCAUAGAUUAAUGGGUCAUCUUUUUUUAAUUUUUUAGUAAGCACAGUGCCUGGCACUGAAAACAGUUGACAAAGGGUAUCUGUGCUUAAAUGUUAAUGUAAAAGAUCUGAAGAAGCAAUAGAAAAUAUACUGAAGUAGUGUUUAAAUUUUUUUUUUUUUUACCCCCUGCAAGGUGAAAUUCUUAUAAGGAUAUAUAUCUGUUGUUUUUCAGUAUUAUAUACUGAAUUUUAAAAGAUUCUUCUGUUAAACACACCUUUAAAACAGUAUUUUUAUAAAAUAAGGGGGGUCAUUUCUGAUUCUCAGGUUAUAAUUUAGAUCUGUGUGCAAGAUAACAAGUAUGGCACAGAUGUGGGUCACUAUGAAAGUUUUGAGACAGACUGUGUUAUGGUCCAUUAUUUCACUUCCAAGAAACACAGUCAACAGCGUCCUUUCUGAUUCACCCAUGCAAGUUUCAACUUGCUUAGCUUGUCACUGUUGCUGGAAGGGCUUCCUUUGUUUUCUGUCCAUGCAGAUUUUAUGUUUCUUGAUUGUCGCGUAUCUCAAAACUUGCUAAUGACCCACAUCAUAUAUAGAGAACCGUGUGAUGAGUCAUUUUGUUGCCAAGAUCUUGCUUCUACUUAAAGCCUUUCAGAAAAGUGAGUGCAGCAGACAGAACCAAGAAGAGUUAUAAGGACUUUUCUAAAUUAUAAGCAAACUUGCUUCAAGAUAAGUUGAAAUACAGUAAUAAGGUUUUCAAUGUUGCUCAGGUUUUUAAAGGCACUGUUAGCUUGUAGGAAAUGGAAUAUAUGGAUACCAGCAGUUGUAAGUACUCAACCGGUGUUUUUCCAACCUUAUUUACAGCAUGAAUAUCCUGUUAG